ACUCACUAGAGGACCUCACCCCACGUCCGGUCACUCCCGCAGCCUUCCCACCGUCUGCUCCUGUCAGCAGCCCUGGGCUCCAUCUCCCUGAAACCGCCCCCUUGCGUCUUGCAAGCCAAUAGGAGCCCCCGAUGUGUCUCCACCGCCCCGAACCUUUCCACACCCCCACGUUCCGAGAGUGGAUUGGCUGUUCAGUCCUUGGCAAAGCCUCUAGAUUUGCAUAGCACUAGGGAUUUUUUUGGUAGGUUGAGCGGCCCGUCACUCCGCAAGGCCGGGCCCGCCCACCCCACCUCAGUGCCCAGCUCUCUUCCUGCGCAGUUCUCCUCCGCAGCCUCUGCGGGCCAGUGCCGGGGCUGCGCUCCGGGCUCAGUCCUCACCACUGCGCCGAGGCAGCCCCGGCGAGUGGCGGUGCGCACCGUCUAGAGUAGCCUGGGUGCGCCAGGGCGGCGAUCUCUACACCGCACGAGCGUGUGCCGCCCGUCCUGACUUUCGUUCCAGUUGCGGCUUCUCCCGGGCAACAUGUCAAGAGCCGCCGCCGCCCCAGCUGCCGCCGCCACCCGGGAAAGAUCAGAAGCAGCAGCGGUGGCGGUGGUGGACGCUGGCACACGAGGGCAAUAAGCCGAGCCGUCUGGGUGUCCAGCGGGCCAGCAGAUACUCUCGGCGCUUACUGCUCCGCUGGGAUUCGCGCCAUGUGCUGAGCCAUGCCUCUGGCCGUGCCCGCGGGCAGCGCAUGGGGCAGCGCUUGAGCGGCGGCCGAUCCUGCCUCGAUGUCCCGGGCCGGCUACUACUGCAGCCGCCGACGCCCCCGCCACCGGUGAGGAGGAAGCUCGCGCUACUCUUCGCCAUGCUCUGUGUCUGGCUCUACAUGUUCCUGUACUCGUGCGCCGGCUCCUGCGCCGCGGCGCCCGGGCUGCUGCUGCUGGGCUCCGGGUCCCGCUCAGCGCACGCCCCGCCAGCCCUGGCCCCAGCUCCCAAUGGGACGCCCUCCAGGUUGCCCUUCCGGGAGCCCCCGGCCACCGCACUGACUGCAGGACAGGCGGAGGGCGCAGCGAGCCAGGAAGAGCAGAGUCCCGAGGCGCCGGACUCCCCCAGCCCCAUCUCCAGCUUCUUUAGCGGGUCCGGGAGCAAGCAGCUGCCGCAGGCCAUCAUCAUCGGCGUGAAGAAGGGCGGUACGCGGGCGCUGCUGGAGUUCCUGCGCGUGCACCCCGACGUGCGCGCCGUGGGCGCUGAACCCCACUUCUUCGAUCGAAGCUAUGACAAGGGCCUCGCUUGGUACCGGGAGCUGAUGCCCAGGACCUUGGACGGGCAGAUCACCAUGGAGAAGACGCCCAGCUACUUUGUGACGCGGGAGGCGCCCGCGCGCAUCUCGGCCAUGUCCAAGGACACGAAGCUGAUCGUGGUGGUGCGCGACCCGGUGACCAGGGCCAUCUCCGACUACACGCAGACGCUGUCCAAGCGGCCCGACAUCCCCAGCUUCGAGAGCCUGACGUUCCGCAACCGCAGCGCGGGGCUCAUCGACACGUCGUGGAGCGCCAUCCAGAUCGGCAUCUACGCCAAGCACCUGGAGCACUGGCUGCGCCACUUCCCGCUCGGCCAGAUGCUCUUCGUGAGCGGCGAGCGCCUCAUCCGUGACCCGGCCGGCGAGCUGGGCCGCGUGCAGGACUUUCUGGGCCUCAAGCGCAUCAUCACGGACAAGCAUUUCUACUUCAACAAGACCAAGGGCUUCCCCUGCCUCAAGAAGGCCGAGGGCAGCAGCAAGCCGCACUGCCUGGGCAAGACCAAAGGCAGGACCCACCCCGACAUCGACCCGGGCGUGGUGCAGCGGCUGCGCGAGUUCUACAGGCCCUUCAACCUCAAGUUCUACCAGAUGACCGGCCAGGACUUUGGCUGGGAUUGAGAUAGACCCAGCUCGUGUCAUUUCCUCACACCCCACCCCACCCCCACCCCCACGUGGCUUAUAUAUUGAGAGAGAUAAUUAUAUGUAUGUAAAAUGUACAGAAAUCUAUUUUAUAAUAAUUUAUUUUUAAAUUCAUGAGCAAUUAAUUCACUAAGCUGCCUAGCCACGCUCUGUAAGAGAGAUUAUCUUCAUCUUGGGUUAACAUUCCAAAGUGUUUAACGCAGAGACUUAGUUCUAUUCCUCACAAUUGAUGGUGCUUCUGUUGUGACUCCUCCCCUCCGGCUCCUCCACCCCUUCCCCUCUCCCCCAUGAUAUUUAAAAAAGAAGAAGAAGAAAAGCACAAUUUUUGUUGUUACGGGUAUUCAAACUUUAGCUGUCCCUGUUUUCGUGGUGGAUCGUGUUCCCCUUUUGUCUUCUGUCUCCCUUUCUGACCUCCACGUCUCUUUCUUGCCUGUGUUCCUCCAUGGGUACACCCUGAGUGCUCUCUCCACAAUACUGAUUCAGAAUGCUGGGUUCCGAGUUCAUCCACAGAGCAGCAUCCUUAUCCAUGUGGUGCCAUUUCCAACAAGUUAAAUUACAACCCACCAGCGAGGGUGUGUCCCCUCCCCCCUUCUCUGCCCCUUAGUCAAUCACCACCUUCACAGGGACAUCCUCAUUGAAUGACAGGGUCCAUUUACUUUAGCUUUGAUGAUGAAGGAUGGCCCUGCAUCCUCACUGCACUAUGCCUUCCUUGGUCCAUUACCCAGCUCCAAGCAGAUGCAAAUGUUAGUCCUUUCUUCCCAGUCACACCUAUGAGAUGGCCUGGGUGCUGCUUUAGAAAUAAUAAUAAUAAAAAAAAAAGAUCUGUGCUCAUCUGCAUGAGAGUGCCCUACUCUCCUUUCUCUGAGCAGGGAGUUCAGCUGUGACACACCAAAGAACCCCACAGGCUGGCAGAGCCACUCCCUCAAACCCAAGAAACCUGGUUGUAGACACCCAGAGGGGUCAGGGGCAUCCACCUCUCAAGAUGAUGUUACUAGGUAUGGAGCCAGCCAGUAUUAAACAAAAGGCUCAUCGCUUCAGUAGGCAGAAAAAAAGACUCAAAAAUGCCAAGCCACCUGGCAUAGGUAAGGGAUUCCUGGUACCCCAGCUUUCUGUCUCUUUGGAACUCUUAGCUCUACCCAGGAUGACAAGAUGGUCAGUAGGUAAUCACCCAAGAGCACGGACCAAGGGUGGUUCUUCUACAGACAGAUUGCGAAAGCCGGCCCAGUAUUACCUGUAAGUCCUUGAGCCAGGCCCUGGCAGCAGUGUUACUAUCAUUGUUAUGGCUGUGCAGGGGCUCUGCUCAUGUCCCUGUGUUCAGAGUGCGCUUAGGGGCCAUUUGUAAUGACUAGGUAUAGUGGCACUUGGCUUUCAAUGGCAAUAUCUCAUAAUGACAUAUUUUGUUAAUCUGCCACUUCCUGCACCAGAAUGCUUCUCCCACAAAAGGAUUGUCAUUUACAUGAUACUUUCAUGAAGGAAGACAUGAGAAGACACACAAAUUGUCAAAAAUGAUUGUGUAGUGAUAUUUACAAGGAUUCUUUGUGUAUGUUUUCUGGGGGAACUUGCCUGAUGGGGUAAAACAAAUUUUAUGACAUGAAGAGAAGUCAUUUCUCUAGAGAAACAAUCAGAGGUCACUGAUCUGUGGGCAACAUUGAUAAUCUGGUUAGUGUUUCUCUGUAUGGUUUAGAUCAGGUAUGACUAGCUUGUGCUUAGUGGCAAAAGCAUCACUCGGCAGGUUUGGUUUGGGCAGGAAAGAAGGGCAGAUGCUCUGUGCAUACCUUAGAUGUCUGAUUCUUCUUCAUAGUGUCUCUGCAAAUUACCACAACAGUGUGUUACUGCACUUGAGUGGCUUAGGUGUGAAAUACUCACACGUAAAGGUGCUAAUCGCGUGUGGACUUCUCCAUUUGGAAGUUUCAUUUGAAAUGGACUCUGGAGCCCCACUCUUCAGUUACUGCCUAUACUUGCAAGAAAUAAAUGGCAAAUAUCCAAGGCCCUCACCUAGGCUUGCUCUGCUCUCCCAACCAGAUCUGAAUCAGGGUGCAUUACUUCAGAAAGUCCAGACAGAGGCUUGUAACUGAGAGGCAAAUGUCUGAGUCUUUCAGGUGCCUGCUUUCUUUCUAAGAUGAACAAUUUCUGAUCACUAUUCCCCGUGAUUAAAACCAAAUUGACAUAGGAAAUGCAGAGAUAGAAGGAUGAUGAUUUAGUCACAAACACUGAAGUAGAUCAAAAUUCUUUUUUUCCUUUCUCUUUUUGUGCCGGUCCUGGGGCUUGAACUCAGGGGCCUGUGUGCUGUCUCUUCCCUUUUUUGCCCAAGGCUGGCUCUCUACCACAUGAGGCACAGCUCCACUCUGGCCUUUCCAUGGUUUAUUGGGGGUCAGAGUUUCACAGAUUUUUCUAGCCAGGGCUGGUUUCAGACCACCAUCCUCGCAUCUCAGCCUUGUGAGCAGCUAGGAUUACAGGUGUGAGCCACCAGUCCCCAGUUCAAAAUUCUAUUCUGAGCUCAAGCCCUUGAAUCCAAACCAAUGUUUGAAUUAAUACUAUAUAAUUAGUAGUGAUAAUAAUUAGUACUGAUGGAGCAAGGCAAGUUUUUCUGUGUAAUAAAACAAACCCUAUGGGUGUCUCAGAUAGUUUCUGGUUCCCAGCUGGUCCCUUUUAGCAUCUGCCCCAGGUUAUACUUCAUUGUGUGGUAGGCAUUACAGGCCCUAGGGUCCUCUUCUUGCACAAAUUAAGCAAUGUGGAAAACUUUAGCCUGGGUUCUUCCUCUUGUAGUCAUUUGCAGAGCUGAUGAACUUCUCUUCUUAGCAGCUAGAAGACAAAUACUAGUUCUUGCUUUGGCAGUUUGACUCAAUACAAGCUUUGGAUUCCUUUCUAGUUGGUAGCAGAAUCUUGGUUGUCACUCACUGAAGUACUUCAUUCUUCAGUUUUCUCCCCACCUCACCCCACUUAAAAACAAGAAAAAAGUUAACAAGAACAUUGGAAUUUUUAGGUAUUCUUAUCAAUGGAAUGUUUUCUUUGAGGUGUUUGUGUAUGAUCUGUGAACUUAACAAGUGGUGCCUGGAAAAAGAAAUUUUAGGUACAGGAGCUGUGGGGGUUGACUCCUGAUUGGAUGACAUCAGAAGAGAGAUUGUCUUUUCUGAGUCAUUGUUAGUGCUAGCUGCAUUGAGACUUUGGGGGAAAUGCAGAUCCUGCCCAUGAUACCAGGGUACUCAGAUAAGAAAGGAAACAGAUAAAUCAGAGACCCUGAAGGAAGUAUCUAAGGACACAUCAAUGUGAUUUCUCGUUUUCACUUGUUUCAGGAAGAACAGUUAAUAAAGUUGAAAUGUGUGGUUAGUCUCUUGUUUCACUUUUGUAACAUUAAUUUAUGACUGAGUUUUGUUCAGCCCAGUACUCUACAAUACUGUGCAAAUCCUAGCCGUAUGUGUUCAAUAACCUGGAUGUUAGAAUAGCCAAGAUGUACAAAAAUAAAUAUAUAAAACAAGUAUUUUGUCCUAUGUAUAACACAAAUUAAUUUUACACAGAGAAAGAUGUUUAUAGGAAAAUGAAAUUCUGGUAAUUCAUACUAUUUCUUUGUAUGAACAAAUAAAAUAUAUUUUACCAACUC